ACCCCGUCGUUUGCGCCACCGCCUGCCGGUGAAUGGAGAGUAGUUGUAGCUCGAACGAUGUCCGGAAGUGGAAGGCAGAGGAAGCCAUAGCUGGCAAUGCUGAAGCUCUUCAAGCUCUUAGAGAACUUAUAACAUAUCCUCUUCUCUACUCUCGUGAAGCCAGAAAGCUUGGCCUUAAGUGGCCUCGCGGUUUGCUGCUUUACGGUCCUCCUGGCACUGGAAAGACUAGCUUGGUUCGAGCAGUUGUUCGUGAAUGUGAUGCACACUUGAUAGUUCUGAGUCCACACUCUGUUCACAGAGCCCAUGCUGGUGAAAGCGAGAAAAUUUUGCGGGAUGCUUUUGCAGAAGCAUCUUCACACAUCAAACUGGGAAAACCGUCUGUUAUUUUUAUAGAUGAAAUUGAUGCUAUCUGUCCCCGUCGUGAUUCUCGAAGGCAGCAAGAUAUCCGUAUAGCAUCUCAACUUAUCAUGCUUAUGGACUCAAGUGCAACAUCGACAUCGGGGACGAAAGUCGUGGUGGUGGCAUCAACCAACAGGGUGGAUGCACUUGACCCUGCAUUAAGAAGGUCAGGCCGAUUUGAUUCUGAAAUCGAAGUCACAACUCCGAGUGAAGAAGAACGCCUUCAAAUUCUUAAGCUAUAUACGAAGAAAGUUCCCCUGGAUCCCACUGUUAACUUGGAAGUAUUAGCAGCAUUGUGCAAUGGCUAUGUUGGGGCUGAUUUAGAAGCUUUAUGUCGUGAGGCUGCAAUGUGUGCAGUAAAAAGAUCUUCAAAUGCAAAUGAAGAAGCUAAUGUUUGUACCUUAAUUAUGGAUGAUUGGAAGAAUGCUAGGUCUAUUGUUGGUCCAAGCAUAACAAGAGGUGUUACUGUGGAAAUUCCUAAGGUUUCUUGGGAUGAUAUUGGAGGACUAAACAAUUUGAAGAAAAAACUCAAGCAAGCUGUUGAAUGGCCUUUAAAACAUUCCGAUGCAUUUUCAAGGUUAGGUGUUUCUCCUAUGCGUGGAAUUCUUCUUCAUGGACCUCCAGGAUGCUCAAAAACUACUCUUGCCAAAGCAGCAGCUCAUGCUGCUCAAGCCUCUUUCUUUUCUUUAAGUGGUGCAGAAUUGUUUUCAAUGUACGUUGGAGAGGGCGAAGCUUUAUUACGUAACACGUUUCGUAGAGCUCGCCUUGUUGCACCAAGCAUAAUCUUCUUUGAUGAAGCCGAUGUCAUUGCAGCUAAACGCAGAGGAAGCGGUUCAAGCGGGAGUACCACAGUUGGGGAGAGACUUUUAUCUACUCUACUCACUGAAAUGGAUGGUUUAGAAGAGGCUAAAGGAAUACUUGUUUUGGCUGCCACGAAUCGGCCACAUGCAAUUGAUGCCGCUCUAAUGCGACCUGGACGAUUUGAUCUUGUACUACAUGUGCCCCCACCUGAUCUAGAAGCUCGAUAUGAGAUACUCCGUGUGCAUACACGAGGCAUGAAGAUCAGCGUCGAUGUUGAUCUCCGACAACUAGCGGAAGACACCGAGUACUUUACAGGUGCCGAGUUAGAAGGUCUAUGCAGAGAAGCUGGAAUAGUAGCUCUCAGAGAAGACAUAACCGCCUCCAUUGUACAUGCUCGCCAUUUCCAAACUGUCAGAUGCUCGUUAAAGCCAGCGUUAACAAAACAAGAAAUAGAUUCAUACGCGACUUAUAUAAAGAAACCAACACGAAAGCCGCCUCAGCAGCCAGCGUCUGUUGGUAACCAAAAACGUAAAAAGAAGUGGUGGCAGGAGUUGGUCGUUCCUGUUACAAUUAGUGUUGUGGGAUUUAUCGUAGUUGCGGGUACGAGAUGUUAUUUUAUGCACGACCUCGCGUCGGGGAGAUUGACGAGCACGUGAUAUCUAAUCUUAUUAGAGCAUCUACAAUGAAGCUUUUUCGAGCUUUUUUGCCACCUAAAGGUUAUGAAAGAACUUCGGACGUAAAACCCCCUCUUUUUGACUUGUGUGGUUACAUUUUUUCAAAGAACUUCGUGUUUUUUCUUGAUUGGGUCCCAGUUUUUUAGUAAAAAUCCAACCUUUACUUUCUUCCAACAUGUAAAAGCAUCU